AUGGGAGCGUUGGGAGAUGUUGGAACAUGGUUGCCCCAGCAAAAGGCGAAUGGUAGCAUAGGGCUGGGGUAUGGUCAUUGGUUUGUCAAAAUGGGUAGUGGUCAGUCGCUGGGGAUAACGCCGUGUGAGUGUGAAACCGGCCAAACAUGUAAACGCCAAUCGUGCCAACAGUGCAAAUACUGGUAUUGCUUAUGCGAUUGUUGUGGUCGAAAGCUGGGGAUUUACAUUGGCGUCGCUUUUGCGGGCGCAAUCGGCUUCUUCGGACUCUUUAUUUUGGUCCUUUAUAUCUGCUCUAAAGUCUAUAAGAUGAGCUUUGGUACAGUAAUCGACCAAAUAGACCACGCUCUAACUGGCUACCAGCCAUCAACGUCAAAGUGUAACCUCCAAUAA